GAUUAGCUGUAGCCGCAGGUAUUAGCCAAACAUUGGGAGACUCACGGCUAACAAGACUAACACAACAGGAGUUUUAUAACAAACUCAAAACGUAGACGACGCGAAUGAGCCGUGUCGCGUCGUUCGGUCGAGGCAACCGACUUAAGGUUUUGCAAAGUGUGUUUUGUGGAAGCUAAGUCACCGGGAAGUCUGUGGGCGGUCGAAAUCCGUCUUUUCUUUCUCUGUUUGAGGCGCUAGCAGAAGUUUCUCCUCCGUGAGACUUCCGCGGUUUGCUCGCUGAACCAGUUAUCUGAGAUAAAAGACAACCACCAAGUGUUUCCUCUUAUGCGGUCCCAGGUAUUGUGAGCCAUGCCUGGCCACAGCACAGGGGCUCCCCAGGCGUCCCGCCACCACAAACACCACGUCUCCAGCUCCAGAGCAGACAAGUACCGACCCACUCGGACUAUAUCCAGAGACAUCACGGCCAGCCAAGACGCCUACAAGGAUCCUCGCAGGGAGCAUCACCACGCUGACCACACCCGGUAUUCAGAGAACAAGUAUGGACGCAGCACAGGCCACCCGCGAAACGGCACGGGUCGAGGCUCGGAGACUAUAGGAUUUAUUCCCGGGUCGGCAGACAGCGCGCCUGCCAGCAGGCAUGCCUGUGGCUCCUGUGCCUCCAUGGGCUGGACUGGCUGCAAGGCUGUUAUCUGCUGUGUACUGACCUGUGGGUUUUAUGGCAGCCGGGAGCCCUGCCUGCCCGUUAACGAGAGCUCCACGGACCACCCCCCUAAAGCAGGCAGUGAGCCUCACCCUCCCAAUGGCAUAGCUGUGACCAAUCCCACGUGUGGCGUCCCUUUGGAGUCCAGCAAGUCUACCAAAGCCUCCAAGUUGCCCGCGAGUGACAGCUUCCGCUACCCGGAUGUGCGCAUUGCCGGUCAGACGGUGAGGUAUCCGGUCGCUGCCCCAAAGCGAACGCGCAUGCCUGGCAAGGGGGAAAGCCAGCGGCCUGUCAGCAACACCAGCCUGCUGUCCCGCGAGGACUAUGACUUGGAUGACCUGAGUGACACGGGCACAGACAUUGACUCGCUCAUCACCAAGAAGCUGCUGGAGCUUUAUGCCCUGCACCAGAUCGACCAGCUGGCCAAGUGCACCUCCGACUCCUCGUUCUCCCGCAAGACCAACGAGAUCAGCGAGCUCAUCUACAGCAUCGCGCAGGACUACAACCUGGAGGAGCAGGAGGCCGAGUGCAAGCUCGUGCACGGGGUCAUCCGCAUCAGCACGCGAAAGGGCAAGAGGAACAAGAGCCAUCCGUCGACGGGACAGCGUCCCACUGGGAGGAGCGACGGGACGCUCCCUGACAGUGGCAACGAGACCAUGACCAACACUUUAUUCAGCAGUGACUUUCCAGAGGUGAAAGUGUCGGAGCAGACGCCAUCGGACGAGCUGGCGAGGAAAAUGCGACAUUACAGCGGGAGAACGUACUCUUCCAACACCGCCACAGCCUACUCGCCCUACCAUCAUGACCCCGAAACAGACUCUUCGGGCACUCCUCUUCUGCUCUGAAGGGUGACACAGACACAGAAGCACC